AUGAUCAUCCUACGAAAAAAAAACCUACUCAUUCGGACUCAGUGUACGGUUAUCGCAAUCGUUGUACUCGCCGCACUCGCCGUAUCGGCCCAAGACACUUUCGGGUCCACCACCACCUGCGAUAUCUCACAGUACCUCAACGCCACUACUAACAAGUGCGUCAUUUAUUCUUCCCGAGGUGAAAAAGCUGGCAAUGCCCAUGAUAUACCCAUCAACUCCGGCAACACGGCGUGGAUGCUCAUGUCUAGUGCAUUGGUAAUGCUCAUGACCCCUGGCAUCGCGUUUUUCUACGCUGGACUUGCCGGUGAGGAAAUGGCGUCAAACACCAUGAUGAUGGCGUUUGUGAGUAUAGCAAUAGUGUCGAUCCAGUUUUGGGCCUUCGGGUACUCGGUGUGCUUCAGUUCCGAUGGCCUUUUUGCCUGGGCAGGAUACAACAAUGUCGGAAGAGUCGCCAGCGGCGUGUAUGGUGGCGGGGUUCCGCAUAUCCUGUUUGCAUUCUUCCAGACGCAGAUCGCUGUUGUCACGCCUGCGCUGCUUAGUGGUGGCAUCGUUGGCCGCAUGAAGUUUGGAACAUUUGUGUUAUUCGUACUUCUUUGGUCAUCACUUGUCUACGACCCAUUAGCACACUGGAUGUGGUCACGUGAACUCAACGAGAACUGGGAAGUUACCCCCAUGGGCUGGGAGGGCAAAAUGGGCUCUCUCGAUUUUGCUGGAGGUACUGUCGUUCACGUCUCGAGCGGUUUUGGGGCUCUUGUCGCUUCAAUCUUGGUCGGCAAGCGCUACAACCAUGGAGAUCCUGUGAAACCACACAACGUACCCCUUGUGAUGAUCGGUGCUACGCUGCUUUGGUUUGGCUGGUUUGGUUUCAAUGCUGGUUCGCAAGGCGCAGCUGAUGGAAUUGCUGCGACCGCUGCCAUUAACACUCACUUGGCAUCUUGCGCAGGGUUUGUAACCUGGGCGUCGCUAGAAUUUGUCCUAUACCGCAAAUUUGACCCAUGUGGUGCAAUCAGCGGCGCAGUGUCGGGUCUUGUGACAAUAACCCCUGGCUGUGCUUAUGUGUAUCCAUGGGCCGCUGUCAUCUUCGGUGUCAUUGGUGCUGCUACGGGUUUUGGUGCUGUGCAUUUAAAAAACUAUCUUCGCUACGAUGACACCCUCGACUCGUUCGGUAUUCACGGCUGCGGCGGCUUCAUGGGUGGUCUGCUCACUGGACUGUUUGCUACUUCAGACGUCAACCCUGCUAUCGAGGGUGGUGCCUUCUACGGUUAUGGAGUGCAGUUUGUGCACCAGCUCAUUUCACAGUGUGUGGCGGCUGGAUACUCAGUAGUGGUGACGUUUCUGAUCCUGAUGGUGCUCAAGUAUACAAUUGGUUUGCGAGUUUCGGAAGACAAGGAAGUGGAUGGCAUGGACGUUUCGUACCAUGGGGGACUCGCGUACGAACUCACUACGCACAGCUCGCUCUCGAGCUCGUCCAACUACAAUGAGAUUCAUCCGCCUCAACGAGGUUUUUCCAAAAUCAUCAUUCCGGUACAGUCCGACUCCUCUGUCCCGUGCAGUAAAGAGCCGAUCAUGCAUGUGUAG